UUUUUAUCUGUCUAAUCCUUUCGGAGCCUUUUCGUUUUUUCUGCCCUUUUAUUUCCAUUUUCAAUACUGACAAACAGUUGGUCAAGCAUUCUAUGUCUGCAGAAGCUGAUGGAAAAAUUAGGGUUUUGUUCAUUUCUUUUUCUUUCAUUACUGGUCUUUAUGGUGUUUCAGAGAUUUUCCGCUGAUGGGUUUGUGCUGUAGAGAAGGAAGGAUAGGUGUGAAUACUGGAUCAAAGAGAGCGACUUUUAUUUCUUAAAAAAAAAAUUGACCUUGCUAUUUCUUCUAGAGAGAGUUCAAAGUAAUGCAUGGGGCGUUGACAAUGAAACAGCCUUUUCUCUUUGUCUGUUGAGACUGCUACUGUAAAUACUAAACAAUCUUGGUUCAAUGCGGAGGUGGCUGAAGUUUUUAAAUGUCAAAACUAGGACGACAAGAAUAGAGGAGCAAAAUCUAAGUGCAUCCCUGAGACACUGAUAGCUUCCUCUUCAGUAAACCAAGAAUUAGAGAUUGAUUAGAGAGAUAAAAAAAGAGAACAGAAAGCGUUUUCUCUUUCUUUUUCCAUUUUCGACGAGUUCUGAGGUUUUUGAUAGUCAGUAAUAGUUUUAAUAGAGGUGGGGGUGGGAGUUCAAAUAUUGUGGUUGAUAUUGUUACACACAGCACUAACAUGCAUAGUGGUGCCAUUGCUCAGCCACCGCUCCUCGCUUCAUCUAUUCCCAAAUCACCCGCUCUUUCUCUUUCUAUAAAAGGCAAAAUGGAUGAUCACGGUGAUAUGGGUCUGCUUGGGGAACCUUUUGAUCCUAGUAUAGUGGGGAGAAUCAAGGAGGAUGGUUAUGAGAGCAGGUCUGGCAGUGAUAAUCUGGAAGGUGCAUCUGGGGAUGAUCAGGAAGCUGGGGACCAUCAAAGGCGCCGGAAAAAGAAAUACCAUAGGCACACUCCUCAUCAAAUACAAGAGCUUGAAGUUUUCUUUAAGGAGUGUCCACAUCCGGAUGAAAAACAAAGAUUGGAGCUUAGCAGGAGACUCGGCUUAGAAAGUAAGCAAAUCAAGUUUUGGUUCCAGAAUAGGCGAACUCAAAUGAAGACCCAGCUGGAACGUCAUGAGAAUAUAAUCCUUAGACAAGAAAAUGAUAAGCUCCGAGCUGAGAAUGAGUUAUUGAAGCUGAAUAUGACAGACCCAAUAUGCAACAGUUGUGGCGGUCCUGUAGUUCCUGGUCCAGUAUCUUUUGAGCAACAGCAAUUAAGGAUUGAAAAUGCUAGACUCAAGGAUGAAUUAGGUCGUGUUUGUGCUUUAGCCAAUAAGUUCUUAGGCAGGCCACUCUCGUCCUCAGCCAGUCCUGUCGCUCCUUUUGGCUCAAAUUCCAAGUUGGACCUUGCAGUUGGGAGGAAUGGGUAUGGGGUUUUAGGCAAUGUAGAGGCGCCAUUGCCGAUGGGACUUGACUUCAAUGAUGACAUAACAAUGCCUUUAAUGAAGCCUAUGACAAGCCCUGUGACUAAUGGAGUUCCUUAUGAUAGAUCUAUGUUUAUAGAUCUUGCAUUGGCAGCUAUGGAUGAAUUGAUUAAGAUUGCUCAGAUUGAUGGUCCGGUUUGGAUGAAAAGCUUAGAUGGAGGAAAGGAUGUCUUGCACUAUGAGGAGUACACGAGGACAUUUUCUCCUUGUAUCAGUAUGAAGCCUAGCAGCUUUGUUACUGAGGCUACAAGGGAGACUGGUUUAAUAAUCAUCAACAGCUUGGCUCUUGUUGAGACUUUGAUGGAUGUGAAUCAAUGGGUAGAAGCAUUCUCUAGUCUGGUUGCUAGAGCCUCCGUCAUUGAUGUGAUCUCGAGUGGCAUGGCAGCUGGAUCUAAAAAUGGCGCUUUGCAAGUGAUGCACGCGGAGUUUCAAGUGAUUUCUCCUCUGGUCCCUGUGCGACAAGUGAGGUUCCUUCGAUUCUGCAAGCAGCAUGCGGAGGGUGUCUGGGCUGUGGUUGAUGUUUCUAUUGAUGCAAACCAAGAAAGUUCAGAUGUGAAUCCAUUUAAUGUGUGCAGGAGACUUCCUUCUGGCUGUAUUAUGCAAGAUAUGCCCAAUGGUUGCUGCAAGGUUACUUGGGUGGAACAUUCAGAGUAUGAUGAGAGUGUAGUUCAUCAGCUAUACCGGACAGUACUGAGUUCCGGUGGAGGCUUUGGUGCUCAGAGGUGGGUUGCCACCCUGCAAAGGUACUGUGAGUGUAUGGCAAUCCUUGCAUCUCCCACCAUUUCUGGUGAAGAUCAGACAGGGAUAAACCUAAGUGGCAAGAAAAGCAUGUUGAAGCUAGCACAGCGCAUGGUGGAUAACUUCUGUUGUGGAGUCAGUGCUUCAUCUGUACGCAAGUGGGAUAAGCUUCUAGUUGGAAAUGUUGGUGAAAAUGUUAGGAUUUUGACCCGAAAGAACGUCAAUGAUCCUGGUGAGCCACCUGGUGUCGUGCUGAGUGCUGCAACUUCUGUAUGGUUGCCUGUUAUGCGACAGAGGUUAUUUGAUUUCUUGCGAGAUGAACGGUUAAGGUGUGAAUGGGACAUUUUAUCUCAUGGUGGGCUGAUGCAGGAGAUGGUCCACAUUACCAAGGGUAACAGCAGUGGGAAUUGUGUUUCUCUCCUGCGUUCAAGCGCUGUUAGUCCUAAUACAAAUGAAAGCAACAUGCUAAUAUUGCAAGAAACAUGGAAUGAUGCCUCAAAUUCCCUGGUAGUGUAUGCACCGGUGGACAUACCAUCAAUGAGUGUAGUGAUGAAUGGUGGGGAUUCUACCUAUGUGGCCCUCUUGCCAUCAGGGUUUGUGAUUGUUCCAGAUGAUUCCUUGCGUCAAGGUGGUCCAAAUUUCUGUAAUGGGAAUUUGGUCAAAAGAGAUAGUGAUGGCAAUGAUGGAGCCGGGUCUCUUCUUACAGUUGGCUUCCAAAUUUUGGUGAAUAACCUCCCUACAGCGAAGAUCACAGUGGAAUCAGUUGAGACCGUCAACAAUCUCAUCUCAUGCACAAUUCAAAGGAUCAAAGCAGCACUUCAACUAAAUAGCUGAAAGGGGUACAAAGUAUGCAAUUUUUUUUUUUUUUUUUUUUUAAAAAAAA